AUGAGUGCAGCUCUUGGCAUGGAGAAGAUAUCAGUGGGUGUUUUUGUGAAUGCUAUAAUGCCUGAUACCACACACGGCUCAUCCUAUGUUUUGGAGCAGUGUUCAGCUUAUGGUGACCCGUCUAUGACAUCCCUGGUUGUCCGCCCCAAGUUUAUAUCAUCCACGCUCUAUCACCUCUCCUCUAUUGAGGAUGACACACUAGGGACACUCAUGGUAAGGCCAGGGUCAGUCACUAUUUAUAGAAGACCUAUUGAAGGCGGACAAGUUCACAGAGAAAGGGCUCAGAUCGGUUAA